AUGUCUUAUGGUCAGCAGUUUCAAUAUGACCCAAGACAACAUCAGCAUGGCGGCAGCCAGAAAGAGGGUCAGCAGCAGAAGCUGCUGCUACGAGAUCAAGGUAACUCCGAUCUAAAACAACAAGAAGACGUUCGGGAGGACAAGAUGAGGAAACAACACACCGACUGGAAUGGUGUCCUGCAAGAUUUGUUUGGAAUGGAUUUGCCACAGACAGCAGAAUCCACACAUGAAUCUACCAGCUCUGGCGUGGCAUCAGACGUCACCUCCUUGUACCCAUCCACACACCUCAUGACCACAUUCAAAGGAGGAGAUUCUGCAGGUUCCGCAGGCUCUGCAAAGUCACUGGAGUCUCAUGAUUCAGGCAAUAAAAGUGUGUCUGCGUCUGGCUCUCCUAGACCUGCGCAGCCAUUUCAGAAACCAUUUACCAGAAGCACUAGGCCUCACCCUGCAGUGCCUCUUCCGUUAAUUCCAAAAGAACCAUCUUCAUAUCAUGAGAAAAACUCUCAUUGCCAAGCCAACCAAUCCCCCUGCAAUGGCUAUCAAAUGGUGAAUUCCUGCUACUCCUCACAGUUGAUGCUGCCAAAGGAGAUGAAAUAUUCAAGAGAAUGUCAGCCUACAUAUCCAGAUGAAAACUGUAUUCUGUGUAAUAAUAAUAGUAACAACAAAUCAUAUCAGCAGCAAAGAAAUGUAAGUACUUCGCUGUGCUGUUACGACUGUCGAACCACACACCCUGCUUUCUGCAGUGAGUCUGACCGCUGUUGUGUACAAGAUAUGAGUGAGCCUUUGGGAAAUAAUAGACACAGUGAGUCACAUUUUAAAGAUAAUGGCAUUGUCAAAGACAGACUGCGUACUGUUUCUUCACCUGUUCUUACAGCACUACCUCAUGGACACUGCUGCGGUCAACAAAAUCAUCAUAAUAACAAUUAUCAGCCAAUGGCAGAUUCAGCAGUUCACAGCCCGAAAAUCUGGCACAAAGAACAACAGCAACACUCACAAAACAGCAGACACUCCCCAAUAGUAAAAGAAACUAACUCAAGUACACCUGAUAUGUACAGCCACCAAAACCAUCGCAUCUCCCCAUCUUCACAAACAAAAUUUAACGAGUUCUCAUCUCCAAACCUGCAAACGUUUAAAACCAAUGGUGUGAACAAACCAUCUUGUUCACCAUGUAGCCAUCACCCAAACAGACUUUCCCAUCUAUCGUCUAAAUAUAAAAGCAGUGAACAAAAGACAGAUAACUCUAAUCUGCACUCCCAGACGCUCAGGGGAACUCAUUUACUGCUGACACAAGCUCAGGUCCACACGCCACAGCCAGAAACCGGAGGCUGGAUCGAAUCCAAAGCUAGACAUUCACGUCCCCAGCCAGAAGUCCGCAUGAAGAACUUUUCAGACAAGGCCCAGUUUGCAAGAGAUCAGGAUUCUACACUGUAUCUGGUCACAGGGAUCAACCAUCUAUCCAUAAAUCAGUCCAAUGAUCAACACCUGUUGCCCCAGUCUGCACCGUUUGAGUUCCUUCCUAAUGACGUGCUUCUGAAAAUCUUCUCCCACCUGCCCACAGACCAGUUGUGCAGGUGUUCUCAGGUUUGCAGACACUGGUACAAUGUGGUCUGGGAUCACCCAAUCCUGUGGACCUCCAUAAUUAUCAACAACCCAAAUAUUAACAUAGACAGGGCCCUGAAGUACCUGACCAGAAGACUGAGCUACAAUACCCCAAAGGUGUGCAUGAUUUUAGAGAAGAUUAACAUCAAUGCUUGCACUCAACUUUCUGAUCGAGGUCUUCAAACUGUCGCCAAAAGGUGUCCUGAACUACGAUACUUGGACAUGCAAAACUGCCACCUGGUCUCAAACAUGGGUGUGAAAGAGGUGGUCUCUCGAUGUGUCAAUCUGGAGAGGCUCGAUGUAACAGACUGCCCUUUGGUGACCUGCAUUAGCCUGACAGACUCUCUCAUCUCACAAAGUGCCUCCAGACAUCUCCAGAGAAUCUACCUGCGCUACCUGGAUAUGACAGACUGCCCCAGUGUCACCGAUCAAGACCUGUUUGUCAUCACGUCACAGUGCACACAGUUACUCUUCUUCUACCUCAGGCGGUGUCCACUCGUCACGGACCUGGGAGUCACAUAUAUUUCAAACAAUUGUAACAGUUUGCGAGAACUGAGCCUGAGCGAUUGCAAGAAUGUCACCGACCUGGGCAUGCGAGAACUGGCCAAGUUGCAUGAGAACCUUCGAUAUUUGAGCGUUGCCAAAUGUGAAAAGAUUUCCGACCAAGGUGUCAUCCACCUGGCUAGAAACUGCAGCAAACUCCGUUACCUCAAUGUUCGAGGCUGUGAGGCCUUCUCAGACACUGGGCUGGAGUUCUUGGCCAGAAACUGCCCUCGGCUCCGCUCUCUGGACAUUGGAAAAUGUGACAUCACUGAUGAUGGACUUUAUGCGCUGUCCAUGUAUUGCCCCAACUUACGGAAGCUGGGCAUGAAAUCAUGCGACGCCAUUACUGACAAAGGAAUUGUGCUCAUUGCCUACCGGUGCCCCUCCUUACAACAGCUGCAUGUCCAGGAUUGCUGUCUGUCUCCAGAUGCGUACGCCAUGGUUCGAAAGUAUUGCAAGAGGGCUAUUAUUGAACACACCAAUCCUGCCAUCCUGUAG